CAGCCUACAACUUCCCUGCAGGAUUGAACAACAAGCCAAGUGGAUCACUAAACCUCCUAAAACCGACAGACCGACAUUGAAUUCGACUUGACUCCGUUUAUACUUGAGAAGCACUAAGUAUUUAAAGCAACUCCCACUUUUACUCGCCCAUUGCGACGCGUCUGCCUAAUAAAGCAUCCGCAUAAUUUACACUAAGCUACAUGGUCAUCAUGGAGCAGUGUCUUGACACAUGGGAGCCAGUUAAUUGCCAAUGAUGUCUUUUGGAAGUUCAGAGAUCGCCGGAAAUGCCUUGAGAUCUUCCAAAGCCUUGCGCAUGAAACUCCCCUUGCGCCGUUGGGCAGGGCAGGCUUUGAGAAUGACCGCCACACCACCUAAAUCUCAAACAUGGAACCCUGCUCGGGGCAUCUCCUUCUCACCCGUUGCGCAGUCGCCAAACUUGGCGCCACAAGACUCAAAUGGCUUAGAUGCUUCUCUAUACCCGAAAAUUGAGAAGCUAUCGCCGUCGGUUGUAAAGCGUAAAACGCGGAAGGUGAAAGCAGUUACUCUCGAAGCAACUGAAACUAUAGAUGAGAUUUCCGAUGCUGUUCUCGCAGAUGAGCAGACGGAAUCAUUAAAGGCAAAAGCCUCUGACAAGCCUCCCAUUGCUACUUUGCCCUUUAAAAUGGUGGAUGACUUAUUCUACGCUGCUAAAAAGGCACCCGCUGGCACGGCUGCUUCAUAUUGGUCAUAUACCCAGUACCGGGGAAUAGGACAAGACGGCACAGAGCAGAAGGUUAAGGUCCACUACUGCCGAAGCAGCCAUACCAUGGAAAAGGUCUGCAAGGAAUACUUCUCGCAUGAACAGAUCCUUGGCUUCGAUCUGGAAUGGGCCGCCGACUGUUAUAAGUGGCAAAGCCUCAAGAAGAACGUCUCUUUAAUCCAGCUAGCGAGUCCCAGCCGUAUUGGGCUCUUCCACGUCGCUCUUUUUCCCAAUACAGAUGAUAUGGUCGGUCCCUCGUUCAGGGCUAUUAUGGAAAGCCCAUAUGUUACAAAGGUCGGCGUUAGUAUUAAGGGAGAUGCAACGAGGAUACGCAAUUACCUGAACGUAGACUCGAAAGGACUCAUAGAGUUAAGCCACCUUUACAGGCUCGUCACUUUUUCUGCCGAAGGGCGCCACCGCGAAAUUAAUAAGAAACUUGUGCCCCUAGCAACACAAGUAGAGCAAUAUUUACAUCUACCCCUUUACAAAGGUCAGGACGUCCGGUCAAGCGACUGGACGAAACCCCUGAACAUAGACCAAAUCACUUAUUCUGCAUCAGAUGCCUAUGCCGGAUUGCAGCUUUUCGCUACUCUCGACCAUCACAGACAACAGCUGAAGCCUUGCCCGCCUCCCCCAUAUCACGCAGAGCUCAAUCUUCCUAUCCGGUUAGCAGACGGGUUAGAACUCUCUACGGAGGACGAAACCGUCGUUGAGACGGUGGUAGAGACAGUCGUCGAAGCGACUGCGACCACAACCGCAGCCGCAACCGUGAAAUCCAAAACCAGAGCCUCUAAACGGUCGUCGGCUCCCAAGGACUCCCGAAUCGAGAUCGCCGAUGACCGCGUCGCACGGUACCGCGCCACGCAUCCCGAGGCGCGCGCAACCCUCCCGCAGCUUCGCGCGUAUUUCAUGUGGCACAACCAGGGCCUCGAUCCCCAGACUAUAGGGCAGCUGCUACGAGACCCGCCUCUAAAGCCCAGCACAGUUGCUAGCUAUAUAUUUGCCGUGAUCGAGCAUGAGAGGCUACCCGUAGAUAAGGAGCGGCUCAACGAGGAGACUGCGGGCACGAUUUCGUCGAACUUGGUGUGUUUGCGGUGGCCGUAUGCCGCUGCUAUCUUAGGUCUCGCGGAAAUGCCCGCUUGAUUUAACUGAUUAUAAACGCGGUGGAUCUUUGGAUGUUCGAGCACGAUAGUUUUGAUCUUGUUGAGUUGAAGGUCGGAGAUAGGACAUCCGGAAAGAGGGGGUUUUAUAUAACAAAGGUUGGAAGCGUAGCUAGUAUUUGUGUACAAGUCAAACCUAUACUCGAUGAGAGUUGAUGAAUAGAACGAUGUCAUGCAUGUCA